CUGUCCAAUGGCAUUGUUAGGCCAGUGGAAGGCAUUGGAUAAGAUCAGAUUUCUUUCGCUUACGGAUAAGGAUAUUUUGGGUGAAGGCGAUACUGCAAAGCUUGAGAUCCUGAUGAAAUUGGACAAGGAGAAGAACAUUCUUUCUAUUCGUGACCGAGGUAUCGGGAUGACAAAGGAAGAUCUGAUCAAGAACCUAGGAAACAUAGCAAAAUCUGGAACGUCAGGUAUUUCUUUUUAUCAUCAUUAAUGUAGAAAACAUUUGCUCCGUUACUGAUUUUCAGCAUUUUCAUUCUUUUCUUGUUGAAAAACAGAAACGUAGAUUUCCAUUUCAUUUUUAAUUUGAAUAUCCGUUGCGGCAUUACUCAAAAUGGCUCCACAUUCCCAAUAGAUGAAUUACCCACCUGAUUUCCUGAGUAAUCAUAUGUUGAAAAGAUUCUAGAUUCUAAGCUAAAUGAUUGUGCUGAAAUCAAAGCUUUCACCUAGGUUUAGUAUGGAUACAUUUA